AUGUCACAGGAAGAUGCACUUAGGGAAUAUCGCUCAAAGAUCACAGAACAUGAGCAAUUGAGUGAGAGGCUGAGGAAUAUACGCAGGAAUAUCAAAGACAUGGAUGGCUCUUUCAAUCAAACAGAGGAAGACAUGAAAUCGUUGCAAUCUGUUGGUCAGAUUAUUGGUGAAGUGCUUAAGCAACUCGACAGCGAGAGAUUCAUCGUUAAAGCUUCUUCCGGUCCUAGAUACGUUGUACACGCUAGACCGACAAUCAACCAAUCAAAACUCAUACAAGGUGUUAGAGUUUCCCUCGACAUGACCACACUCACCAUCAUGAGAAUACUCCCACGUGAAGUUGAUCCAAUGGUGUAUAACAUGUCCAUGGAAAACCCUGGUGAAGCUUCUUUCGCGGGUAUUGGUGGUUUAACUGAUCAAAUCAGAGAACUCAGAGAAGUCAUCGAGUUACCCCUAAACAACCCUGAACUCUUCUCUAGAGUUGGCAUCAAUCCCCCUAAAGGUGUCCUCUUAUACGGUCCUCCUGGUACAGGUAAAACUCUAAUCGCACGCGCAUGUGCUGCUACCCUCCAAACCAACUUCCUCAAAGUCGUCUCAUCUGCCAUCGUUGACAAGUUCAUCGGUGAAUCAGCCAGAGUCAUUAGGGAAAUGUUCGGUUACGCCAAGGAGCACGAGCCUUGCAUCAUCUUCAUGGACGAAAUUGACGCUAUCGGUGGCCGUAGGUUUAGUGAAGGUACAUCCGCUGAUCGUGAAAUACAGAGAACUUUAAUGGAGCUACUCAACCAGCUAGACGGUUUCGAUAAUCUUGGUAAAACUAAAGUUAUCAUGGCUACAAACAGACCUGAUACUCUCGAUCCUGCUCUUAUGCGUCCUGGUCGUUUGGAUAGAAAGAUCUUUAUCCCUCUCGCAAAUGCAACUGGAAGAACUGAAAUUCUCAAAAUUCACGCUAAGGAUAUAAAUAAAGAGGGUGAAAUCGACUUUGAAUCGGUUGCUAAACUCUGUGAGAACUUUAAUGGUGCCGAUUUGCGUAAUGUCUGCACAGAAGCUGGUAUGGUUGCUAUUCGUGAUGAGAGAGACUUCGUAAGACAAGACGACUUUGCUAAGGCUGCGCGUAAAUUACAAGACAACAAGAAACACGAAACGCCAAUUGACUACAGUAAUAUUUAA